CUUCUUUGCUCAACUCUAUUACUUUCUUUCUUUAUGGAAAUAGAAUAACCAAUAAAAUACAAACAUUUCUGUUAUUUUUGUUAUUGGUAAUUAUACUAUUCACAAGCCUCAAUAUCACCUCCCCCCCACCCACUUUGUCUUGAGUUGAAAAAAAACAAGUGAAUAUUUACAUGAUUUCUCUAGUGGGAAUUGAUUAUAAAAUAGAGUUCAAUAGCAGAUAAGAAUAUAAGAUCCCACAAGGUGACCUUAAACUAGUUAGGACACAUGGCUUAUUGUUGUUCUGUAUGAUGAAGUUUACUACACUAUGACCUCUAACUCUCGCAGUGCAUCUGUCAAAGAAAGCCCAAUAUGAAAUAUGGUAAGGAUUUGAAAUCAGUGUAAUUGCCAGACUUUAUAGUUUCCUUCGAGGGUUAAACCUGAUUGUGUAUCCAUAAAUAAGGUUUGCUAUUUUCAAAUAUUCUUUUCAAUCUCAAUGUGUCUUCUAUACUUUGUUCAUGUUGAAUGAAUCCAUCUUUUUUUAAAACUGCAGUUUUUAUGUUACUGAUCUUACAGUUCAUUGUAAUUGAUGUUGAUAGUUGAUACAUCUUGAAAAAUUCAAAGCAUAAGAAAGGAAAUGGAAUAAAUUCAAAAAUAUAGUAUUUGUUACUUAUAUGGAGCUGCAUCUUUUAUAAUCUCAUUGGUUUCAUGAAGGAUGACGAAAUCCUCUGAUUUAUAUUAUUUGCAUAUUGCCUUCACCACUGUAGUUUCUGAACUCACUGACCAGAUUGAGUAGCUUAGGACAAACUUCUGAGAGUAUCUUGAAUUUGAGAGAUAUGGGCAUAUAUCUCAGCACUCCAAAGACAGAUAAAUUUUCCGAAGAUGGUGAGAAUCAUAGACUCAGGUUUGGGCUCUCAUCAAUGCAAGGAUGGCGUGCAACCAUGGAAGAUGCACAUGCUGCAUUGCCUGAUCUUGAUGACUGCACAUCAUUCUUUGGGGUUUAUGAUGGUCAUGGUGGGAAAGUAGUUGCUAAGUUUUGUGCAAAGUUUCUGCACACACAGGUACUCAAGAAUGAAGCCUAUUCAAGUGGAGAUAUCAGUACUUCAGUUCAAAAAGCAUUCUUGAGGAUGGAUGGCAUGAUGCAAGGACAGAGAGGGUGGAGAGAACUUGCCGUUCUCGGUGACAAGAUAAACAAAUUUACUGGCAUGAUAGAAGGCUUUAUUUGGUCUCCGAGGGGCAGCGAUUCAAACAACAAUACUGACGACUGGGCAGCUGAAGAGGGACCCCAUGCUGACUUCUCUGGGCCAACUUCUGGAUGCACAGCCUGUGUAGCCAUCGUACGCUACAACCAACUCGUUGUCGCAAAUGCUGGAGACUCACGUUGUGUGAUCUCUAGGAAGGGCCAGGCAUACAAUUUGUCAAGAGAUCAUAAACCAGAACUUGAGGUAGAGAGAGAGAGAAUUCUCAGGGCAGGGGGGUUUAUUCACGGCGGUCGAAUAAAUGGAAGCUUGAACCUCGCCAGAGCAAUCGGAGACAUGGAAUUCAAACAGAAUAAGUUUUUGCCUGCUGAAAAACAAAUAGUAACUGCGAACCCCGAUGUAAACAUCGUGGAGCUUUGUGACGACGAUGACUUCAUUGUAGUAGCAUGCGAUGGAAUUUGGGAUUGCAUGUCGAGCCAGCAGCUGGUGGAUUUUGUACACGAGCAUAUCAACAAGGAAACAUCUCUUUCAGUUGUGUGUGAGAAAGUUCUCGAUAGGUGCUUGGCACCGACGACGCUGGGCGAAGGAUGUGACAACAUGACCAUGAUACUGGUGCAAUUCAAGAAACCAAUCAGCUCCAAAGCUGUUGCUGUUGAUCGAUCGACUGACAACGUACCCGAGUCGGAGACUCAAAGCGCUGGCUGAAGGUGGCAUCAUGAAUUUGUUUACCCAUUUCUGUGCGACAUGGCAAUGAGGAAGCAACAUAAUCUGCAAAAAUAGGGGGAUUGUUGUACACGUUCUUGUUUCUCAUACUUUAUAUCUUGUUCUUGGAGAUGAUCAGCUAAUUUUCACUUCAUCUUGAUUGAUC